AUGGCGACCUGCAAGAAGAAAUUGGCGUCGCCUCUGACGGACAUCCCCGACCACCUCCUGGAUGAGAUCUUCCUCCGGCUGCCCACCCCACAAGACCUCGCCCGCGCAUCUGCUGUCUGCACCACCUUCCGCCGAAUCUCCACCGACCGCUCCUUCCUCCGCCGCUUCCGCCUCCUCCACGCGCCACCACUUCUCGGAUUCUGCGACCGCGACGGCUUCAACCCAGCCCUGCCGCCUCACCCCUCCGCUCCGGCCGCCCGUGCGCUCGCCGAUUUCACCUUCUCCUUCCUCCCCUCCCGCCGCCGCUGGGAUGUCCAGGACAUCCGCGACGGCCGCGGCGAGGAGCCCCCGAACUUCACGGAGCUUGUGGUAUGCGAUCCCUUGCACCGGCGGUAUCUCCUGCUUCCUCCAGUACCUGACUACCUAGCCGCUUCUCUGGACUCCAUGGUUCGCAGGCCCCGGUGCGUGCCUUUACUCGUUCCCCUCAGCGAGGAGGAGGCGGUGGUGGAGGAAGAUACCGCAUUCAGAGUGAUUUGGUUCGCGCGUUACAAAACUAGGGUGGCCGCCUUGGUCUUCUCUUCGAGCACCGGACAAUUAUGAAGAAUUGCUGCAUCCAAGGGAUGGAGCGAUUUGGCCAUUAGCACGCGCGAUUCUUCCAUGAUGUCAAAGUCCCCCUCUCCGUUUGUCCAAAGCCAUUAUGCUUAUGGCUGCUUCUUCUUCGACUGGGUGAUGUUCAGGUGGAAAAAAUUGCUAAUGCUUGAUACCAGGAUGAUGGAGUUCUCCAUUGUUGAUCUCCCGCCUGGAAAAUGGAGCACGGAAGGUGUAGCCAUUGUGGAGGCAGGGGAAGGCAGACUUGGGAUGUUUGGUUUGCAUGGUGAAAUUGCAUCUGACCUCAGCUAUACCAUUGCGUCGAACAAAGGCGAGAGUCCCAGCGAGUGGCAGAUGGAGAAGACAAUCUCACUAGAUUCUGGCUACAAAUAUUUUAUCAGAGGUGCAACAGGUAGGUAUUUGCUGUUGACGAGGACAGAAACACUGCCAAACUCAUCUCUGGAGAAUACACUAUGGAUAUUUCUCAUUAGACGUCAAGACGUUUCAGCUUCAGAGGGUUUGUAUGAAACAAUGUAA